GUGUUCAACCUGCCGUACGAACAUCAACAUCAUCAACCGUUUGACCGUUUCGUAGUUUCGGAGUACCGUCUCUUUGCGUUGGGAAUGCUCUUCGCGUAGCAGCGUGUUCUUUUCUCUCCCAGUCUGGCGCGUGGCUUCAACUGGUGGAUGGGCCAGAACGGUUCUCGCGGGUCGGAGGUUGUCUCGCGUGUGCGGAAGUUGUGGUUUGCGAGCGGAAAAGAUCCACAAUAGAUGACCGUAAUCGCUUUCAGGCGCGGUUUUCUUCGCGGCCAGCAGACACGGCCUUUACGGUCGAUCGCUGUCAAUACGCGGGAAGUGCCGCUGAUUUGGCGUAGUGAUUAAGCUCAAACGAGAGCCCAUUUUAAACGCCGAUGAAUAGAGCCAAUUUGGCCCAAUCAAAUUACCGCCAACAGUAAUAGCGAGUCGAGACGAAUCGGAUGCAAUUUUCGCCGUGUUUUUUCCGCUUGUUUGCUGGAUUUUCGCGUGUGCCAUGAUGAGCCGCCUCUCGAUCUCACCAAAAUCCAUCGAUUGAGUGCAAUGUUUAGGAAGAAAGAGUUAAUCUAACAAGUGUGGCGUAAAAUUGAUCGAUACCGUGGAUUUCAAUAUAAUUUUUUUUUCUUAUUUAACAAAAUGUGAUUUGCAGUGUUCGCGUGCGAGUGUAUGUGUGCGUAUUGUGUUUUACAACACGCACAUCCAAUCGAUAAUUGUGGUUUGUUGAUGAUUGUGGAAAUAUGGGUUAUGAAUUGCUAUCGCUGUUACUUUCCCUCGUGUACUUCAGAUGGCACUAAAUUAUGUGAUGAUGGCUGGUUUACGACUAAUCGAUAAAGGUGAAAAGUGGUGUACUUAAAAUAAACCUGUGUUAAUUGAAAGAAAAUAUGCACCCACAUAUGGGCAGUGAAAUUUCGUUUCUCUACUCAAGAAGACAACAAUUGUCAUACGGAUACCAAACCAUUUAGUAACCCUAGGAGUUCUGGAAAACUGUUGCAGAAGAGCUGAACGACCACAAGAUGGCAUACGUCGUUUGGCGAGUGCUGGUGAAACAGUACUCCAAGGUUCGCCUUGGAGUGCAACGUAACUCACCGUUAGAUGAAGAUGUCACACCUACAGCUCGUCGUACCAAAUCCUUCGACGACAACGCCUGGAAAACGCAUGAUUCCUCGUUGAAUCUUUCGGCCAACAUCCCCGCCAUAUCCUCGGUGGCUCUUUCGUCCCGUUGUGCCGUAAUCGAUCCUGAAUCACCGACGCCACUUGCACCGUGCGGAAUUCACGGGAACGCUGUCAGCUGUGGCGGUGGCUUGGAUGAUAUUCUGGUGAUAGAAAGUGAAACCGAACACCAGGGCCAUCACCACAACCUUCACCAUCACUCGUACUCCCACGGUGGUACGCUAAGUCGCGGGGAGCUGCGCAAAAGUCGUUCGAAGAUGAAAAGCUACCUGAAAAGGUGCAAAGAUGCACUAAUCGGAACCCAGCCGACGGAGGACACAUGUCCGAUCACACAUCACGAAGCGGUGGUUCAGCUUCAGUCGCUGCCGCUUCCCCAGCAGUCGGCGGUGCAGAUUCCAACCGCUAACUGGUAUCUGGAUGAUCAGCUAUGUGAGAUCCGCCCGGAAGAUAACCGAGAACCGUACUCCUCGUUCGCAACGUCUAGACUAAGGGAACAACAGUUGGAGAGAGAGAAACAAGCUGGGCAUGAACUGGGCCGUGAGAAUACUGCUGCUGGACCGAUCCAUGAGCUGAAGCAGCAAACUCAGUCCUGGGAUGGUGGCACUACGGAUUCCGCUAACGAUACUGGCGCCGCUGGCAGUCUUGCUGUUGUACCGGGAUCAGAGGCUCAUCCCUCGUCACUGCCGGUGGGCAUCAACUUAUCACCGAACGGUAUUGAGAAGCUGAUAGACCAGCACUUUGGGCCACUGUAUCCCGAUUACGUGGACCACACACGGGCGGUUCUGAUCCGACAGGCUCGCGAUCUGCUGGUGUGUACCUUCCACGGUGAUCUGGAGCAGUUCGAGGUUGGUUUCGUUCGACCGGCAGCGGAUAUUGUGGCUGAAUUGCGGAGCGCAUAUCUUCAGGGAAAGACCAACGGUAACUACUAA